AUGGCCGAAGCGCCCCCGAAAAAGCAAGCCUCGGAGCGGAGGAAGCAGCAAAAUCGGGUGGCUCAGAAGGGCUAUCGAGAACGACAGAAACGCCGAAUGCAAGCCCUAGAAAGACUACUGGAUGUACACCAAAACUGCUUAGAAGACUCUUCUAAUGAUUUUUCUUCGACAACUGUGAUAGCUUCGGAAAAUGGACUAGCUACCCAAGCUACAUCCGCAGCAGGAACAAACCCAACAACGCCUUCGGUACUGGCAGACUCAUCUUCUACUGCUGGGAGCCCAGGUGUAUACAGAGGAAAUGAGAUACACGAGCCAGCAGCGCACCAGAAUGCAGGCUCGUUAAUGCAGUUUCAGCCUACGCAAACAUCUAAUUUGCUUUUGAGAGAGCGAGUUUUGGAUCAACUGAUGCAGGAAAUCGAUAGCGUUGAUGAAACCAUAUACAGUCGAAUCAUCUCUAAGGAGAUCUCUAUCAACCAGAUAUUCCAAGCAGGGCUGCGUCAUGUCCUUACGGACCCAUUGCACAACCCGUCAAGCAACGUUACACCCUCAAUGGACGGGCUGGAAACAGCUCUUCGCACAGACAAGAUUCUCGUCCCUGAAAAUAGCAUGCAAGUUCAUACCCAUGCUCUACCUGACAUCUACGCCAACCAUCUCCGUCUGAAGCAAUUUACUGAAGUUGCCGCUUUAAGAGCCAGCGCUGAGGCUAUUGGUCUUUCUUUUGAUGUUCUAACCGACCCAGAUGCCGAAUCACCCUUUUAUCGGGAAUCAAUCUCAAAAGAUGCCGCUGAGACGAUGGUCAAAGAGGAAUUUGACAACGUGGUGCCACAUCUCCGACCGACUAUAGCACAGAUACGAUACAGUCAUCAUCCGUAUCUCGAUGCACUACCUUUUCCUACGCUACGUGGACGAAUCAUUGAGGCCUGUUCGUUGGAGUCGCCACUAUUCGAAGAAGAGGAUCUGUGUGACGACAUGGAGAAGGGCAGGCUCAUCUGCUGGGGUUCGUAUCUCGGAGGCGGGAACGGUGCUACUGGCUUCGGUUGUCCUUGGGAUUAUCGCAGCUGGGAGGCACAGCCAUGGUUUCUGAAGAAGUGGUGGUUUUUCAUCGGCGGGGAGCAGGGCGAGCUUUUCCAGCAGACUCGUUGGUGGCAUGAGCUAAGAGGCGAUCGAUUAGUAGCUCCGUGGUGA